GUUUAUCAAUCUUCUGAUUCAUGCUUGAUAAUAAUUUUAUAAAAGAAUUCUAUUUACUUAUUUUGUAAUCAAAUAAAAUCAACCACUAGAUCUACUAUUGCGAAAAUCUUUUCCUUUUCUUUUUGUUUAAACAACUGGCACAAAGAUAAAUGAUUGACUCCGUACCAAAUAGAUAAAUUCAAGAUACACUUUAGUUUAUCUGUAACAUCCACGCUGCUAGCUAUUUUAGUCAUGUCUCAGGAAACAAAGAAAGAAGAUCCCGAAGAACAACCGCUAGAUGAAACACCUAAGACAGAAGAAGAAGAAUUUGAAAAGAGAACCUUUUUUAAGAAACUAUGGGAUAUAAAAUCAAAUAUUACCGUGGAGCCUAUACUAGCCGGUCUAAUCAUACCAUCGAUGCUGGCUAGGAUAGCCAUACAGAACCUUAACUUGGAUAAAGCGUGUCGGGUUAAAUUAAACUACAAUGACAGUAUAUGCGAUGCCUUAAUUCAGAGGGAAGGAAACCUUACAUUCUACGAAGGUGAAGUCCAGAAAGUGAUAUCUGCUAUCGAAACAUGGAAAAGCGUUAUACAAACUGCUAUACCGACUAUAUUUGUGAUAUUUAUGGGUGCUUGGAGUGAUCGUACAGGCAAUCGAAAGCUAUGCAUCCUUUUGCCAAUAUUUGGUGAAUCUAUGGUGUGUGUAAGCAAUAUUCUCAGUACGGUGUUCUUUUAUGAAAUCUCAGUUGAAGUGACUAUGUUUUUGGAGGCUUUGUUCCCAGCUAUUACUGGUGGUUGGGUUUUGGUUUACUUGGGGGUGUUCAGCUAUAUAAGUGACAUAACUGAUGAGAAGUCGAGGACAUUUCGCGUUGGGCUCGUCAAUUUGUGCAUGACAGCUGGAAUUCCUAUCGGAACGGCUUUGAGUGGAAUAUUGUUGAAUUUGUGGGGCUACUAUGGAGUAUUCACGCUGUCUUUGGUUAUUUAUUUGAUGACUCUAACGUAUGGCUAUGUUUGUUUAAAGACGAAAACUAAACCUGGAAUAGAAAGUGAGAAGACGAAACCAGUUGCUUUUUCCGAUUUAGUAUCUUUAGUAAAGGAGACGGUGAGUGUAGCUUUCAAAAAGAGAGAUGGAAACACGAGAAAGAAAAUCAUUUUAACUCUUUUCGUAGUGGCAAUUAUAUAUGGACCAAAUCAUGCCGAGAGGAUAAUCACAUACAUGUUUGUGAGAUAUCGACUUAAAUGGGAUGCUUUGAAAUACAGUAUCUACUCCACUUACAGUAUUAUAACGCAUUCCCUAGGUGCCUUGUUUUCCAUCAGCGUGUUCAGCAAGCACUUAGGUUUCCACGACUCCAUGCUCUGCCUCAUCUCUAUCAUAAGCAAACUAGUGGGUUCCGUAUAUAUCGCCUUCGUCUAUACGGACCUCCAGAUGUUUAUGGUCCCCAUCAUUGAGAUUCUGAACGCGACCACGUUCACGUCUCUCCGAUCAAUGGCCUCUAAGCUGGUGCUCUCCGAGGAGAUGGGGAAAAUGAACUCGCUCUUCAGUCUGGUAGAGACGUUGGCGGCGCUAGUAUUCGAUCCCACGUACUCCGCGCUGUAUGCCCGGACUAUACCCAUCUUCACCGGAGCGGUCUACAUCUAUAGCGCCUGCAUGACUAUACCGGCUAUCAGCGUUUUGAUGUGGCUGUUCGUGCGGCACCGGCGAGAAACGAAACUUAGGCGGCGUGAGGUGAUAAAGGAAUAAGUCUCGAGCAGAAACUUUUACACUACCUUCUCUUUACUAUAGCUUUUCGUUUGUUUUACACCGAAUAGAUUUAAUAAAGUAUGGCUAACGA